AGAGUUUAUUUUACCCUCUCUCUAUGACCAAAAAAAAAAAAAGAACUAGGACGUAAAAACAACGAGUUGAAAGCAUUUUUUUCAAGCCCAUUCUAAAUCCAGAUCCGAUUAGGAGUAGCAAACCCAAAUAUUAGACAUCAGUCACGCCCUUCUCGUCUACUUUUUCCUCCAUCCGUCAAAUAAUCCGUCCAUCGCUAGGCGCUCCACGCCAUGACGAACCGCAGCAGCUCCGCCGCGAGAAAACGGCGACAACAACAACGAACCACUUCACAAACCUUACCAAACCCUAACCCUCCCGGACCCAUCUCCAACCUCGGAGACGAUCUCCUGCUAGAAAUCCUCAUCCGCCUACCGAGCCCUAGCUCCGCCGCCCGCUGCACGCCAGUCUGCAAGCAGUGGCGCUCCCUCGUCUCCACUCCCCUCUUCAUCAACCGCUUCGUUUCGAUUCGAACCACUGCCCCGGUCGAACCGAUCAGCUUGAUCACUUCAUCCGACUCCCCGCCGAAACCCAUCCUGAGCUUCCUCCCACAUCUUCCACCCAACGUACGACUCCGUUUCAAGGUCCUGGAUUCCUUCAAGGACUUGGUCUUAUGCGGGUACUCGGACCAAAUCAAGGACGGGUACGGGUGUACCGCGUACUUGAUCUGCAACCGGUUUACGAAGCAAUGGGUCGCCCUUCCUCUAGCCCCACGCAAGCCGCUCAGCCUGAGGGUGAUUGCAAGGCUCGUGUGCAAGCCCCGAAACUCGAAACGUUUCGAACUAGACGACGGUGAACCAUGGUUUGACUACUCGGACUACGAGUUUCGGGUCGUGUUGAUGUACCGGUGGCAGCCCUACUGGCAGGACUCGACCGCGGUCGACGUGUUCUCGUCCCGGUCGUGGGGGUGGACCGAGGCGGUUCGGGUCCUCGACCACCCUCAGGUGGGGCCCCGCGGGGCGAAGAAUGUAGUUUCGUGCAACGGGGAGUUGUUUUGGUCGCGCGACGACGAGGACGGCGACCGUGUUGAUGAGUACGACGAUCGCGUGUAUCAUCGUAUUCAUGUCUUCGCGCUCGACCCCUUUCGCAUCCAUUUGCCCGCCGCCUCGAUCGUGGAUCGCGUGCGCGGGGAGAGGCCGGCCAGAUUCUGGGACAUUUCGGUCUCCCGGGGCGAGGUUCACUUGGUUCGGCUCGAGGUCGAGUUGGACGUCGACGCAGUUUAUGGUACGAGGAAUGUCUUGAAGGUUUGGAGACUGAUCGAAAAAGACAGUGGCAGCAGGAUAUGGUGGGAGACGUACUCCACGUUCUUGGAGACGUCGAAUUGUGAACGAUUCGACGAUUUGGAGUGUUGCAUGCUCGUUCUGCAUCCGGAGAAGCCGGAAAUCGUCUUUUUAGAGGUUCGCGAUAGUCAUCAUCAGGGCGGUAAUAUGGAGACUACUACUACCACGGUUUUCACUUGCGAUAUGAGGAAGGGAAAUCUAGAGUAUUUCGCUCGAGUGAAACGAGGUGCGUCUCGUUGGCCGGUGUUCCAUCCUCGAGCCAACAAGUGUUUGCCUACCCCGAUUCCAAGGCAUCUGAAGAGAGCCUCAACUGUUUGAUUCAGAACAAGUCGUCGAAACCGGUAAUCGCUCACUUCAGCUUGCUAUAGGAAUCAAUGUUUUACGUUUGAUGCAAGCGAUCCCUUGAAUAGUACAAAUCAUCGCAAGCUCUAAACUCUGUCAGAUAUGAAUAUUUUGAAUACUCACAAUUCUUAUUUGUGGCUUGCUUGAUAGUAACGACUGUUCAUUCUGAAUUUCAAAUUCCAUUGGAUUUGAAUUUAUCAAGGCAUGUGUCUCGCAUUGAUACUCUCUCACAUUCAACGUCCCAACCCAACUUUCUGUUGCCAUUCCUAGCACUGGUACAUUCCAGAUCGACCUUCGCAGAAACCACGUCCAAAAUCUUUGUUGGCACCUCUCUGGAUUUUUUUUUAUCUAUACAAAGUUUCUUGUGAAUUUCCUUUCUAAGCAUUCAAUCCAUCAUUGUAGCUGGGUAGUUUCUUUCUUUCAAUUACUUCAGAUGAGUACUUAUCCGGAUGAAAAGAGAUUUCAGAUAAAAUCUGUCAUAUAUGACAUAAAAAUAGAUAGAGAAGACAAUGCACGAAAUCAUACUGAAAAUCAUACCGGAUAAAGUAACAUCGUGAUUUAGUCUUAGUUUAGUUGAAUUUUUUGUACCAAAUAGAUGAGUUACACAACCGUACAUUCGAAAGACAUAACAUCAUUGUUAAAGUAAAAAAAAGAAGGGGAAAACCCCAUUAUUCAAAAGGGAAAGUAGACAUAACAUGGAUUUGUAAAUCCAAACAUUUCGCAUUGAUAGUCAAUCUCGUGUUUUUUUUCUUUUUUCCUUCCAUAUUGCAGUAGUUCAGAAUCCGCAACAUGCUCCGCAAGGCUGGCCUAUGAUCGAACACGCACAGCAGGAAUUAUAUUUGCAGGCUGUAUCAAUCGACCAACAUGAUGACUUCUUAGCUAUCGUGUAUUGGUUAACUGUGGAAAAGCUGCCUUGGGCGCCUGCCAUCUCUGCAAAAAUACAAAAGCAAAGUACAAUUAUGCAAUUUACGAAACUUUAACUGUGUAAGGUAUAAACAAGCUGGCUGAUGAUCAUUUGCUUACCGUGGUUGGAGCGGGGGAUCAACGGGGCCGCCGCCAUGGAUGGAGGCAGCAUGGCGACAUGGAGGAAGGCAACCAAAAGCAGACCGAACCCGAUCACCACAGCUUUGUUGGAGUUCAUCCUUACAAGAAAAACCUAGCCAGCCAGCAAGCAGGAAGUGGAGGGAGAUUAGGGUUUCAGUAGUUAUCCUGCCUAUGUUGAUGAUGGUAAUUAUGUGGGGUUUUGAAUGAUGAUUUAAUUUAUAUAUAUAUAGGCAAAAGCUAGCCAGCUUUGGCAGGUCUUCUCUCUUGUCCUGUCUGUAUAUGAUUGUGUGAAAUAUAAUAUCAAGAGUUAC